AACGCACAAGCAGACGUCACGCGUUACGGAUUACGAAAAACAUUUAUUUCUAUUUAAUUUUUCCUUUAUUAUUCUUUAUUUUGCUAAUAAUAUAAUGUUUACAAUCAAGAAAUAAGAUACAUAUUGCCAGUUCGCCGAGUGACAUUAUUAUUUCGUCAAGAAUGGAGGCAAAUGGUGCCGUUUUGUGUGACAAUUUGAUUAAGUGGUUGCAGACUUUAGAUCUUAAAGCAAAACAUGGAAAUCCAUCAGAACUGUCCGAUGGUGUGGCAAUUGCGGAGGCACUUACACAAAUUGCACCUGAGUAUUUUUCACCGGGAUGGAAUUUGAAAAUAAAAACAGAUGUCGGACAUAAUUGGAGGCUAAAAGUUAGCAAUCUGAAAAAGAUAUUGGAGGGUGUUGUAGAUUAUCAUCAAGAUAUUCUAAAUUUAAGUUUACAAGAGUUCUCAAGGCCAGAUGUAGUAAAUAUAGCGGAGACGGCUGAUGCCUCGGACUUGGGGAGACUGUUACAACUUGUUUUAAGUUGUGCAGUAAAUUGUGUCAAAAAGGAAGAAUACAUCACAAGAAUUAUGGAAAUGGAACUCUCAUGUCAAAGAUCUAUAAUGCAAGCGAUACAGGAACUGCAGACGUUAACGCUGGGCGUGAAUCGUGGCAGUGUGCACUUGGACGCGCCGCCGGUCGAGCAAUCUGAUGCGGACAUGAGAGAAGCCCUCGCGCAGAGGUGCCAUGAACUAGACACGCAGGUUAAAAUUCUCCAAGAAGAGAAGAUGACGUUGUUGAGUGAGGUGGCUAGGUUGACAGCGGCGCGAGAAGCCGUUGUCGAGUCUGGGGAAGCUGAGUUAGAUGACGCAGGAGCUUCACUGGGUCCUGCUCAUGCUGGGACAUUGCGUUAUACCACCAUGAGGUCACAACUGGACGCGCUAAAAGAUGAAUUGGAUAAGGUGGAACUCCAAAGAGAUGAUCAGCAUGCAAGAGCUGAUGCUUUGGAAAGGGAGUUGGCGUUGAUGAAGCUUAGGAAUGAGGAGUUGCAGAUGGCAGCUUCAGAAAAUGUGGCAUUAAAAGACGAAUUAGAUGCAUUAAGAGAGACGGCAGCUAAGGCGGCGGCCUUGGAAGCUACGGUCGCUUCCUACAAGAAGAGGAUGGAGGAACAUGUGGACUUGAGAAGGCAGGUGAAGCUUCUAGAACGAGCCAACACGGAGCACGUCCAGCGCGCCAUUGAACACGAACAAGCCGCCGCCAAAGCGAACGCGAUACGAGCACAACUUGACAUUUAUAAAAAACAAGUAAUGGACCUAAAUGAGAAGUUAGACGCAGAGAUAACAAAGGCGGAUAAGCUGGAGAUUGAGAACAAGAAGUUGAGCAGUCGCGCCGCGUCGGUGCAGCGGGAGCGGGACGCGUUACUGGCCGAGCGGGACACGCUGCGGGAUACUGUCGAUGAACUGCGCUGCUCUACUAUUACUGCUGGUGCCAAUGAAGAUAAUGUGUCCCGGGAACUGAUCCCCAAUGAUCUCAAGGAACAACUAAUUCGAUUGGAACACGAGAACAAACUGUUACGGCAGAACCAGGAUCAGGCAUCAGUUCAGGCUCUUUUAGAAGAUUAUGUAGCGAGAUUAGAGAAGCAACGAGCAAUGAACCGGGAAGCGAAUCAACGUAUAAUGCAGUUGGAAGCUACGUUAGAAGCACCGCAUCCGAGAUUAGCGUCAGCUAUUGAGGAUAAUCAGAGGAAAUCAUUGCAAGUAGAAGAAUUACAAGCAGCCCUAGCAGAGGAACGGCGGAGGAUCACAAAGUUACAAGAGGCGGUAGCGGCGAGAGACGCAGAACUGUUAGCCACUGAGGAUAAAUACAAGAAGUGCCUGGAGAAAGCUAAGGAUGUCAUCAAAUCGCUAGAUCCUAGGGCAUCUGCUCAACCGUCUUUGUCAGACAUAACGCUAGGAUACUCUCGUACGGCGGGGGCCGGGGCUGGACCCUCGAGACCCGAGAUCGCACCAGCAGCAAGUAAUAGGAAUGAUUGGUCAGGCAGUGCGGAGGACAGUGCCCGUGGAGGCAAUGGCGCGGGAGCGAGCGAGCAGAGACUGUUGACGAGUGCCUGGUACACGCUGGGGGCGCGCUGCCACAGGGACGCAGUGGACACUCGGUUCACGUUGCUGUCCGCGGGCCACUCGUUCCUGGCGCGCCAACGUCGCCAGCCGCCGCGCCCGCGCCCGCACGCGCCCAGCCCCGCGCCCCCCGCCCCCGCGCAGUGACACGUAAGUGCCGACAGCAUUACACACUCGGGAACCAACGUACGUCAUUCAUCAGUGAAAUUAUUCUUCUUAGAUCGUAAUCCAAAAUCGGUUUUUUGAUCAUCUAAUGUCAAAAAGCGAUCGUAUUCUGCUGAUUUUAGGUUGAGAUUGGAUUUGAAGAUAAUCUACCAAUAACAUGGCAUUUACACAUCACAAACUGCUGUCACAAUAGAUACUGUAUUUGACAAAAAUGCCUGACGUGCCUCCUUGAAAGCAGACAGUUUAACAGCUGUGUAUGUACUCCGAUGAUGUGUACUAAGAGUAACUAGCACUUAAAUGUUUACGGAGAAACAUGGAAUUAAGUCCACAAUGUGUUCCAUUACCCAUCGGUUUGAGCGAACUUAUAUUUGUGAUUGGCCAGGAUGUUUGUAUCUUUUGUAAAUAAAUAAUAUUUGUGUAUAACUAUUUACACUAACGUGAUUGGUCGCUGGCCGAGCGGUCUCUUCCAUCUAAUAAAUGUUCUAUUAAUUCUACGUCACUUGAAAUCACAUAUAAUUUUUGUAUCAAUUGUAUCUGUACGUAAAAACGUGCCGAAAAAUCGUCCCAGUGGGGCAGAUGUUAGUUUUAAAUGAAGACACAUUCUGUAUUAUAAGAACAUGUUAUGUGACCUAAGUAGACACUUUAUUACAAUUGUUUCCUAAUCAAUAAUGUCUCUUUGUAUGAAAAAGACAUUUUUUGAGUACUAAUUUUGCUCAUAAUAUGUGUUAAUUAUUUUAGAUUAAGUUAUAAAGCACGAAAUGUAACCACCUGGUUAAAUUAGCUAUUAUGUAUAAAUGUCAAAAAACUUUUAGAAAACAUUGCAAUAUUUAGUUUGUAUUAUUUUGUGAUUUUCUAGGGAGUUAUUGGCUAUAAAUUGUUGAAAGGUUAAAAUAUUCAGAAGAGAAAGUUAACAAAGGUAGUAUGGCUCUAACUAUAGGGCCUUUGUUCUAUUCAAAGUAAUUGAUCAUUUUCCAAAGGUCCAUAGAUUUUCCACAUGAGAUCUUUAACAUGUGAAGACAAAAGAGUUUCACUUUCAACAAAUGGAUUAAUUUGUAUCUGUCUCCUGAACAAAAUAGAUUUUUACAAGACAGCGUAUUGAAGUUGUUUUGUUACAUGCAUAUACUCGAAAUUACGCAAUCAUUUUGAGCUUUAGAUAAUAAUUAAUUCGAACAAAAAAUAUUCAAGUUUAUAGUUAUUAACCGUCAAAGACAAGUUUGCGCAAUGUGCGGUAAAUAAUGCGCUAACGUUGCGUAAUUUGCGCUGUCAUAAGCGCAACUUGAAAAUGCCGAGACUUUUCCACCGUAUUAAUGCAACAUAAAUCUAAUACCUUUUCGAUUGAAUUUCACAUUUAUUUUGAUAUAUCAAUAUUGGUGGUUAUAAUAUAUUCGGUGUUAAAAUUCACCAUGAUUGGUGCUUUCUCAAAGAAAUUCGUGUAAAAAUUUUAGAGUAGAAUAGCCAAGAAGAAUAAGCCUAAUUCAAGAAAAUAUUUCUAAUCUGAAAUAAAUAAUUCUUUCAGUUAUUGUGACUUACCAUGAAGGAUAGUUUACCACAAAUGGUCGAUAGAGAUUGGUUAGAUCAGGGUGAAUAGAAACUACACAUUUACACAAUGUACCUAUAAUUGUCUGUAUGAACUAAAAUAUAUUAUUUCAAACAUCUGUUUCUAUUCUAUCAGUCUAUAUUCUAUUUAUCUUGUAGUUGUAAAGUCUCUAUUCACUUCUUUAUUAUUAUUUGUGAUUUUCUUUCUGUACAUCACUUCUAGUAUUUUUUUCGUUUCAUUAAGGUCAUUGGAGGUCAAUGAUUUGUGUAGGACUGUAGGUGAUAUUCGUGAUAAGAUAACAGUACUGUAUGGUUCAUGGGAUACAAAGCUAUGGGUAAAGUCCUUGAGCUAAUCUACUCCCGUCCCUUCGAGUUAUAACAUUGACGUAAUGUAACCGAUAAAAUAAUAUAUUUUAUGUAUAGGCAAACGCCAAAUACUUUCCUUAAACUGUGACAAUAUUAUAUUUUCCGCUAAUUUACCUUAUUUUAGUUUAGGUUAACAAAAUAUGUGUGAUCCUAGAACAAAUCUAAGCUUCGUGCACUACAUAAUUAUAUUUUAAGAUAAUAAUUAUCCUAAUGUUUAUAACAUCGUUUUAUAUCAGUAUUUUGUUAAUAUUUAUAAAUGUUGUAACCGAAGUCUUUUCUAAUCAGAAUUUAUUAUUUGUUAAUUUUUGUAAACUAUUAUUAUCACAUUAGCAAUCAAAUCAGACAUUAUUAUUGUCAAUAUGUAUAGAAUAUAUCAAUUAUUAUGCAUUUUAUGUUUAUCUAUGUAAAUUAUCGAUUAAUUAAUACUGGUGACAGUAUCAGUACAGUGGAUGGAACUAUUGAUGCGGAGCAGUGCAAAUUAUUUAUUUAGUUUUAGUAUAAAUUGUAAUUUAUUGUUAAUGAUGACAAUAUAGUUUUGGAUUUUUAAUAUAA